ACGGUUUCACCAGCCUGUUUCGGUUAAAGCCAAAGCAAGCAGCUGUUCAGAAGACCUUUCCGAGGGAUGGCAACCCGAAGUGGCUCCCAGAAUAGGUCGUGUUGGUCAGCCUCCAGCCACUAGUUCCCAGCACCCCACUUGGGUGGGCUCCCUCCCUGCUCAGACUUCAUACGACCCCUUCCUCUUCAAGAGGUCUUAGACUCUGGUCCAGCCUGGGUCAGGACUAGGGAAGGAAAGAGGCCACAGCUGGGGAGCCGAGGGAGGAGACCUGUUUUAGGGGAGGGUAAGUCUGUAGGUCUGUCCACACGCAUCUGGAACUGCUGGAAUUUCCACUCCCUUUCAAGGAUUUCGGCUGAAUAAUUCCCUCGGCUUCUCGAGUCACGUGAAACAGCCAUUAAAUCUCCUGUUCUCAGCCCGCGCUAGCCGCCCCUCAGUUUUCCAGCGGAGUCAGUGUUCCCAGGCUGCAGAGAGGGAUAUGCCCUCUCAGCCGAGCCCAGGCAAUGAGCCCUGGAGCACCUUCCAACAGCCUCCGUUAGCUGCAAGCACCUUGGGCCACUGUCCAGUUUCCUGCACUUUCUUUACUUCCCCAGACUCAAGUCAGGCUGUCGCCUCAGUGGCCGGAGGUGUCCACUUCGGUCUGGCUGAAGCACGAAAUUUCUUAAGAUGCCUGGCACCACAGAAGAAUUGGAAGCGAGUAACGAGGCCCCCCUAGCCAGGGAGGGUCACUCAGUCAAGAUUAGCCCGGAGCCAGAGCAGCCCACAGAAGAGGACCUCUUGUUGGCUGCUGCCUACGUGUAUGAUGCCCAAUACAAUAGAAACAUUCCAUUUGAAACCUCACCUCAAGCUAUCAGAUUUUACUGUCUUUACAACCACUGGGCUAUGAGAGUUGCCAUUUACUUCUUUAUUUUUCUUGAUCUUUCCCUUGCCCUGUUUGAGGAGCCUGCUCUGUACCCACUCCCUUUCCUGGCUACCUCACUCAUUGAAGUUAUUUGUCUUUGUGCAUUCUUUGGACGGCUUGUACAGUUUGCAAAAGUCACUCCACGCACGGUUUUUUGGAAGGAUACAAAAAACAUCUGCAUCAUGCUAACCAUACUGCUGACCUUGUUAGAUCUGAUUAUUUAUGGAUCUCUUAGAGUCUUCAACAUCCACAGUGUUCGAUGGUCAAGAUUCCUGAGACCUCUCUUCUUAAUCAACUUCCCUGAAAGUCGUCAGAUUCGAAGAGCCUUCCGAAGUAUCCGGAACACUUUGCCAGAGGUUCUCUAUGUAUUUCUCUUGCUCAUGUUCAAUGUGUUGAUGUUCUCCCUUAUGGCCCUGAAAUUAUUUGGUGAUAGGAAUCUUAAAACAGUGGAAGGAUCAUCCUAUUUUACAAAUAUCCUAGAUAUAAUGUUUGAUCUCUAUGUGCUGGUGACCACCGCUAACAGCCCUGAUGUCAUGAUGCCAGCUUACAACUUAGAUUGGCGAUAUUCUCUCUUUUUCAUAACCUACAUUGUCAUCAAUACCUACAUCUUCAUGUCUGUCUUUCUAGCUGUUGUGUACAACAACUACAGAAAGCAUUUAAAGAAUGAGAUUCGCAAACUGGCUUACAUGAAACGUCACAAAAUGAAAGCUUUCAACAUUCUGAAGGCCAAGGAGGGCACCGAGUUUGUAGUUAAGGAAGCCCAGUGGAAGCAGUUAGUUAAGAUAGUGGCACCUGACAUCAGCAGUUCCCACCGGGAGCUCCUUUUGAGGAUAUCUGAUGAGGAACAGAAGGGAUAUGUGGACAAAAAGUGUUUUUUAAGAUUAGCUGAUCUAUUGAACAUUCAAGUGAUUACUAUAAAGUUUAAAAGACAUCCCCUGGAGAUCUGGAUGCCCCACGUCUAUAAGUCUUCAGGAAGUCUCUUUAUGCAAAAGGUAGUUCGACACAGGGUAUUUGUCUGGAUUUAUGAUGUAAUUAUCAUAAUAAAUGCUGUAUUCAUUGCUUUGGAUGAGAAAAAUCCAUUCAUUUCCUAUGCAGAAUGGGUAUUCCUUUCUCUAUAUAUUAUUGAAAUACUCCUGAAGCUGUACACCUAUGAACCCAAGACAUUUUUUGCAAGGAAUCAGUUCUGGAACUGGUUUGAUACUUUAAUCAUCAUUGCAGCCUUGAUGGCCACAGUAGCCAAUGCUGCAAUUAAGUCAGCCAUUGAAUAUAACAGCCAACAGAUCCUGGAUAUUGUCUUUAUAUUGAGACUGCUUCGGCUCAUGAGGAUUAUUGACAGCAUUCAGAGAUUCCGGGUUAUAAUGACAACCUUAAUUAAUAUCAUCCCCACGAUGCUGACAUUUGGUGGACUUGUUUUGGUGGUGUACUAUAUGUUUGCUAUCAUCGGGAUGGAAUUGUUUCAAGACAAAGUCCAGUUCUUCUCUGAGAGUUCCACCGAUCCUCAUGCUCUGGACUGUGGGAACCCAGCCUUGAAAGAGUCAACAUUUGCCCGAAGCAGAUACUGUAAGAAUAAUUUCAAUGAUCUUGCCUCUUCGUUCAUCGUACUGAUGGAGCUCACUGUGGUAAAUCAGUGGCAUGUUAUUGCUGGUGGUUUUGCCCUUGUAACUCAUCAGGCUACAAAGCUAUUCUUCAUUGCCUUCCAUAUUGUGGUCGUCAUCCUCAUUGUUAAUAUUUUUGUAGCAUUCAUUUUGGAGGCCUUCUUUGUGGAAUAUUCAUUAGAAAAAAGUGAAAUAGAAACUACUAUUGAGAAGAAAAUUCAAGAGCUGGGUAUGGGAAUUCAAGAGGAAAAUAUCCCUGAUGGGCGACUGAUAGACAACAUGGAAACAAAUGAAAAUGACCUUAGUGGCAGAGAAGAAAUGCAAAAGCAAAGCUCAAAAGGAUUGUUCUUCCGAAUUGCUUCAAAAAGGUACAGGACAGUUGAUGCAUUAUUACAACAGAUGUUUGAAUCUGAAAUCUCUCCGGAAGAUGAAGGACCUGCCUUGGAUGAAAUUUUGAACCUUUCACCCAGUGAUAUGCAUCCAAAGAAUCCAACCUUUGAAAAUUCUGCAUAGUCCAAGCUUGAAAGGGAACGCAACUGGAAAUGUGAUGAGUGGUAUCUUUUUUUGUAUAUGUACUUGGGGAUUUUUAUUUCUCCUUUGUAGUCUCAUGAAGUCUGCUAAAAGGCCUUUUGUCCAACUGAGGAAGUUGGGAAGUAACCUCUCUCGGAGAUCUGGCAGAAUUUUUUUUUUUGUCAUAUGACCAAGAUAACCUUUUCGCUCAGAGCCCACUGAAGGCCUUUUACUUUGUACAGCUGUUUUUCCUGAAAUUGAAAUGAAACUUUGAAAACAAAUAGGGAAUACUUUUAUGCAGGGAUUAUUAAUAGCACUUUCUGUGCAUAUGUGUGUACAUAUGGAAUUUUUAUUUCAAUGUGUAUGUAAAAUCCUAGUAGUUUAUUUUUACACAAUAUUCUGCCAUCCUACUAAAUAGAUGUUGUCAUGUUCUAAGAAUUUAAAGUAUUCAAAUAAUUAAUGGACUGUUUUCUAAUACAGUAGCUCCUAGAGGGAGUGUUGCUUUAUACAUGAUAGAAAAUAUGAAUGUGGGAAUAAAAUUAUGUAGAGAUUA